GAUAAAAGUAACUAAACUUGAUAUCUAUGCGGUCAUAACCCCUCACUCUAUCACUUAUUCCCCUCCCUGUCUCUCUACACAGUAACACCUACAAUACCCAACACAACCACACAACCACAAAAAUGGCCACCACUACCACUGACCCCAACAAGAAGGGCAUCCCCAGCACCCCCCACCUCCACUACAUGACCCAAUGCCUCGCCCUCGCCCGCAAAGCCCCCGCCCUCCCAACCAACUUCCGCGUCGGCGCCCUCCUCCUCAGCCGCAGCACAACCGACACCGCACCCACCUACUCCUCCGACAUCCUCCUCUCAACCGGCUACACAAUGGAAUUAGCCGGUAACACGCACGCCGAACAAUGCUGUCUAUCCAACUACGCCUCUGUGCACGGCGUACCCGACGAGCAAGUCCACACUGUUCUUCCCCACAAUGACCCCGAGAGGAAACUUGUUAUGUACGUGACCAUGGAGCCCUGCGGGAAGAGACUCUCGGGCAAUGCGCCGUGCGUGGAGAGAAUCAUCAAUACGAGACAAGGUGGGGAGGGACGGGGCAUUCAGAAGGUGUAUUUCGGGGUGAAGGAGCCUGGGACGUUUGUGGGGGAGUCGGAGGGGGUGAGGAGGUUGGAGGAGGCCGGGGUGGAGUGGGAGGUUGUGCCGGGCUUGGAGAGAGAGAUUUUGGAGGUUGCGGUUGAGGGACAUGAGAAGGAGAAGAGGGAAGAGGAGGUGAGGAGCGCGUUGGAGGGGGUGAAGACGGAUAUUGAGCCGAGUGAGGAGGAGAGGAGGAGGCAGGAGACGCAGCCGAGGAAUCCGAAAAAGAGGAUGAUGGAGGGGGAGAUGAUGAUGUAGACUUUUCCUGUACAUUAGGUUUGGUAAUGGGGUGGGGAGGUGUUGAGUUGAUGCCGCUGGCGGUAUUGUCUGUGUAUACAUGUGUAUAGUGGGUGAAAGUUUGGAUGCACAGCCUACGAAUUUGAAGAGAAAUAAACAUGGAUAGCUUCCGGAUUGAUGUUUGAGAA